CUUACUAUUUUAAUUCCUACUUUUCUUCAUGUCGGACUACUCGUUUGGUUGAAUGCCGCAGGAGGACUCUGUUUGGGCAUGCGCAUUACCCUGUCAGCAUGGCGUUGAGGAAGUUUUUUGCCAGAGGCACCUGAGCAGAAAAUGUCACUUAUUCAAACCACAACGGGAACGUUUUUACGGGAUGCUAAGGUUCAUAUUUCAUUGUUCGUAGUCGGAUAGUGUCAUUGUUCAUGUUGUGUUUCGGUCAAAAUAGUUAUAAAACAGUUUCUAACUCAAAAGAACGUUAAUUCUAUCAGCUAUCAAGGAAUUUUGUCCAGUGUUGACUGUGGAAGGUGAAAGUGAAAACAGCAAUGAUCUCAGCUACUGAUCUGGAGCAGCUGGCUGAAAUAGAGCUGCAGAAGGAGGAAGAUGAGGAACAGGGUUGUCAUGGGUACCGUCCGGAUCGCCCUCCAGCCCCGCGUAGAGCCAGCUUCAGCCAGGACACCUCUCACCCCUACUACGAUGUGGCUCGACACGGGAUCCUACAGGUCACAGGUGAUGAUAACUAUGGCAGGAAGAUAGUUGUCUUCAGUAGCUGCUUGAUGCCCCCCUCCCAUCAGCUCAACCACCACCACCUACUGCAGUAUCUGAUGUACACUCUGGACCAGUAUGUAGAGAGUGAUUAUACAGUAGUGUACUUCCACCAUGGUCUCCGCAGCAGCAACAAGCCCUCGCUACAAUGGCUACGAAACGCAUACAAAGAAUUUGACAGGAAGUACAAGAAGAACCUGAAAGCCCUCUAUGUUGUCCAUCCUACUAACUUUAUCAGAAUCCUCUGGAAUAUAUUCCAACCACUCAUCAGUCACAAGUUUGGUAAGAAGCUGACCUAUGUGAACUACCUGGCUGAGCUCAGAGAUCACCUGAGCUGGGAUCAGCUCAUCAUCCCACCUGAUGUCCUCAGGCAUGACGAGAGGCUGCAGGCGGCCCAGAAGGGAGGUGUGCGCCCCUCAUCUAAGACUCCUCCCCCCAGACCUCCUCUGCCCACACAGCAGUUUGGAGUCAGCCUGCAAUAUAUUGGUGAGAAGAACCAGGGAGUGAUGAUCCCUCCUGUGAUGUCCCAGACUGUGUCUUAUCUCAAAGACAAAGGCCUCCAGACAGAAGGUAUCUUCAGGAGGUCCGCUCGUGUUCAGCUCAUCAAGGACGUCCAGAAGCUCUACAACCAGGGGAAGCCAGUGGUGUUUGAGCAGUAUGGAGACAUCCAUGUGCCUGCUGUCAUCCUGAAGACCUUCCUCAGAGAGCUACCUGAACCCCUGCUCACCUUCCCCCUCUACCGCCAGAUACAGGACAUGGUCCGAGUGGAGAGCAGUCUACGAGUGAGCACCUGUAAACACAUCCUAGAGAGUCUUCCAGAACACAACUACAUGGUGUUGAAGUACCUGCUCUGUUUCCUGAACAUGGUCUCUCAGCAGAGUAUCAUCAACAAGAUGUCUCCCUCCAACCUGGCUUGUGUGUUUGGUGUCAAUCUGUCCUGGCCUUCUCAGGGCUCUGUCUCUCUGACAUCUCUAACACCGCUCAACAUCUUCACUGAGAUCCUUAUAGAACAUUACCAUACAGUCUUCAGCUCCCGCUGCCCACGAGCAGAGGUACUGCCCUGAUACCAGCCCUGAUACCAGCCCUGAUACCAGCCCUGAUACCAGCCCUGAUACCAGCCCUGAUACCAGCCCUGAUACCAGCCCUGAUACCAGCCCUGAUACCAGCCCUGAUACCAGCCCCGAUACCAGCCCCGAUACCAGCCCCGAUACCAGCCCCGAUACCAGCCCCGAUACCAGCCCCGAUACCAGCCCCCGAUACCUGCCCCCGAUACCAGCCCCCGAUACCAGCCCCCGAUACCUGCCCCCGAUACCAGCCCCCGAUACCUGCCCCCGAUACCUGCCCCCGAUACCAGCCCCGAUACCAGUCCCGAUACCAGUCCCGAUACCAGCCCCCGAUACCAGCCCCCGAUACCAGCCCCCGAUACCAGCCCCCGAUACCUGCCCCGAUACCAGCCCCCGAUACCUGCCCCGAUACCUGCCCCGAUACCAGCCCCCGAUACCAGCCCCC